AUGCUUUUAUCAGAAGAAGCAUACGACUACUUGUUUAAAAUAGUCAUCAUUGGAGACAGCAGUGUUGGCAAAUCAAAUCUACUACUAAGGUAUACGUCAGACGAAUUUUUGGAGGAUUCAAGGAGCACAAUUGGUGUUGAAUUUGCUACAAAGAGUAUAACAAUUGAUAAUUGUUUCAUCAAAGCCCAGAUUUGGGAUACAAGCGGUCAGGAACGAUAUAAAGCUAUUACCAGUGCGUUUUAUAGAGGCGCAGUGGGAGCCUUACUCGUAUAUGAUGUCACUCGAAAAUCAUCUUUUGACCACAUCAGUCAGUGGCUAAAGGAGCUUCAGGAACACACUGAUGAGAACAUACCCCUUGUCUUGAUUGGAAACAAAGUAGAUCUGGCAAAUAGCAAGCGAGCUGUAAGUACAGAGGAUGCUGAAAGAUAUGCAACGGAGGCCAACAUGCUCUUCUUCGAGACGAGUGCGUUGGAUGCAACCAAUGUGGAUUUUGCGUUUGAAACAAUGUUUGACCAUGUGUAUAAGGAACUAGCAAACAACAAGCUGCUGAAAAAGAACUCAUCGCGGGACAUCCAUAAUCUAUCAGUGGGGACAACAAGAACCAUUACAUUGGAGCCUCCUUCGUCCAUGUACAAAUACAAUCAUCGGUCGCAUGAGGUCAGAAAAGAAAACGAUGGCGGAUGUUGUUGA